AUGGCGGCUUCUGGGCCGCUCCCGGUGACCCAGGACCUGUCCACGUUGCGUGCCAAGUUGCAGGGGCUGCUGCGGUUCCUGACGGAAGCCCUGUCCAUUUCCAGUGCACAUACGGUGGACUUCUACACGGAGUCCGUGUGGGAGCAAGUGGUCGACUUGCCCCCGGAGACAGUGCUGGCGGCACUGAGAUCGGCGGCGGAGGCGGAGGCGGAGGCCCAGCCCUCGGAGGCGCGCCUCCAGGUGGAAGCCGAGAGCGGAUCAGAUAUUACUGAUUUUCCAAAAAUAUUUUGUGAAACUUCCCAGAAGCUGGUGAGUGUGGAAGCCUUCGCUCUGACUGCUAAAUAUUAUUCUGUACAAAACUUGGGAAUAUGUACUCCUUUUGAACAGUUGCUUGUAGCCCUUCGUGGAAAUCAAAAACAGAGAACUGAUGAAAAUGUGAAGCCAGAUGAGUUUAUGAAUUUGAAAAAAUCUCAUGAAGUUCAGGCAAUGUCAGAGCUCAUCAGCAGUAUUGCUGAUUACUGUGGAAUAAAGCAGAUAAUUGACCUGGGUUCUGGAAAAGGCUACCUAAGCUCCUUUUUGUCCUUAAAGUAUGGCUUAAAAGUUUAUGGAAUUGAUUCCUCAAAUACCAAUACUCAUGGAGCUGAGGAGAGAAACAGGAAACUGAAGAAACAUUGGAAAGUCUAUCGUAGGCGGUCAAAAUUAGAUGUCAAUGGACUGGCAUUACAAAUGGCAAAAGAAAGGAAAGUGCAAGAUGAAAUUAAAUUUAAAGCCGAUAUUGAGGGAGUAUGUAACAGCAGUACUGCAAAUCAAGAAAAGAUGUCGACCUCGGACUUUCUGGCAGAUUUUUCAGCCUCUGUAAUUUCUAACAUCAGAAAACAAAUGGAAAACCUACAUGUUUAUUCACAUCGAGAAGAAAAUUUGUGUUUUGAAAAUGCCUUUUCUCUUAGGGACCUUUUGCCUAUUAAUGCCGUAGAACCUACUUCUUCAUCCCAUAUACCCAAGAGAAAAAUGUCUGAAACAAAUAAAGAGAGAAGAAAAAUGACGUCAAAGUCAAAUGAAUCCAAUAUAUAUUCACCUUUAACAUCUUUUAUCACUGCUGAUUCAGAACUACAUGAUAUUAUUAAAGAUCUGGAGGAUUGUUUGAUGGUAGGUCUGCAUACUUGUGGUGAUCUUGCUCCAAAUACUCUGCGAAUAUUUACUUCCAAGUCUGAAAUCAAGGGAGUUUGCAGUGUGGGUUGUUGCUACCACCUCUUAUCUGAAGAGUUUGAAAACCCACAUAAAGAAUGUACCCAAGAAAAGUGGGGAUUUCCAAUGUGCCGCUAUUUAAAGGAAGAGAGAUGGUGCUGUGGCCGGAAUGCCAGAAUGUCAGCAUGUUUGGCACUGGAGCGUGUUGCAGUCGGCCAAGGGCUGCCUACUGAAUCACUCUUCUAUCGUGCCGUACUUCAGGAUAUUAUUAAAGAUUGUUAUGGCAUCACCAAAUGUGAUCGGCAUGUUGGUAAAAUUUAUUCCAAAUCCUCUUCCUUUCUGGAUUAUGUCAGAAAGUCUCUAAAGAAGCUUGGAUUAGAUGAGUCCAAGCUGCCAGAAAAAAUUAUAAUGGACUACUACGAGAAGUAUAAGCCUAGAAUGAAUGAGCUGGAGGCUUUUAAUAUGUUGAAAGUUGUUCUGGCUCCUUGCAUAGAGACAUUGAUUCUUCUGGAUCGACUUUGCUACCUGAAAGAGCAGGAUGAUAUUGCGUGGUCUGCACUUGUGAAGUUGUUUGAUCCUGUGAAAUCUCCCAGAUGUUAUGCCAUUAUUGCGCUGAAGAAGCAGCAGUGAUUUCAAUUGAAGCAAGGAAUUGGUGCUGGUGCAGAGGUGGACGGGCAUCAUAAUCGGCUGCUGGAGUCAUAGGAGGUGAUGAAGUAGGAGGAAUCGGCCAUCUCAGAUCUGCUCUACCCUUCAUUUCUGUAUAGAAUCUGUGUCAGCUGGAUCCCAAUGUCCCAAUCCUGACUCUUGAGAUCUCAACCAUAUCAAAACGUCUUUUGGCACAAUUCAGGUUCUCUACUUGGCAUUUCAAAUGUUCCACUGUUAUCAUCUCUCUCUGAGACCCUUCAUGUUUCCCUUUGAGUCCUCUAGCCCCAGAAGAAAGCCGAAAGAUUUGCUAGGAUCUCUUUUCCCCCAGUAGAAGCUCUCUGGCUCAGCCAAGAUCAAUCCUCAGACCUUAAAGAAAAUGAUGGCCAACAACUGCCAGCUUAUUUCAGGAAGUGAUUGUCCUCUUUCUGGAAUUUUUGUUUAUGCCGUUUCCUCACUUUCUGAUAUCUUUUAAAAUAUGUGCUUUUUUUGGUAGUCUAUUUGCCCUUUUUUUGGUGGUUGCAGUAAAAGUGUUGGCUUGCUAUGACCUACUACAUCCUGCCCAAAAGCAGACCUGUUCAAGUUAUUUUUAACAUGCUGGUAUAUAUCUACUCCACCUCAUUAACACAUCUGUUCUGUACAGCAAAAGGGAAACCUGUGACAAUGUAGCUUCUUUGGUGAAGGGAUAGAAAUUGAGUAUAAAAGUGUGCUUUAUAGAGUCUGGAAACAAACUAUAAUCCUUUUCAUUGGUAUAUAUUUUUAAAGAUACAACCAAGAGACAUAAAACUGUCAAAAAAAAAUCAAAAACACACAAAAGAGCCAAAGUUGGACAUAGUCCAAUUACGACGACCUAUCUUUUUUAAC